AUGAUUCAACACAUUGAGGAUAAUGGUUGUUUUACAUUUGAUGAAUUCGUUGACUCCAUUGUCCUCGAGAGGAUUUUCAACAUUAACGAGAAUGACUUGUUCCUGAAGUUGGCAGAGGGAAUUAAGCAAAAAUUCCACCAUCCCAGUAGCUAUGGCUCUAUAAACAUAUUUAUGCGGGCCUCUUUGGCUAGUGGGAGCUACAAAUCGCAUUCUGAUGCUUCAUUCUCCGGUGAAGCCAUGAGGAACGGUCUCUCCAGACCAAAAAGAUCGCAAAACCCGUCGAUUCUCGAUUGGUUCAAAAAGGCUGAAGCUAAGCCCGCAGAAGUUGAGUCAAGUAUGACAAAUUUUGAGGUUGAGGAAGUUAUUCCUAUAGACGUUGACACAUUUGGGACUCUGAUUAUAUCAAGUGACAUGAUUUCGUUUUCUUCUGAUUCUGAAGAUGAGUGCGAAGGGGCAACGUCACAAGUUUCUGAUUCCACACUUGAGAAACCUUUAUCAAACGUUGAGGCGUUAAAAAAGGAACAAGAUAACGAUCGCAUCAUUAUAGAGUGUGCUAAUAAUUCUGUUGAACUUGCUCAAGUUAUGGAUGAUAAAAAUGUGGAGGAAUCUCAAGAGGAAAUAGAACAGGAGGAAACUAUAGACUUGGAGAAAAGUGAUACGCAGGAUAUGACCAGCACAACUGACAAUACAGAAGCAGAUGAAGGAGAAGUGCAAGAAGAUAACCGAGUUUCUCUAGGAACAAACAUUAUAGUACUGCACGGUAACAAUAAUGUCGUUGGUUGCUACUGGUUAUUAUCCAAGGUCUAUGGCAUAGAUAUAAAAACACUGACACUUUAUCCGGAUCCUUUGGAGCUUGAUUUUAUCCUAGUUCAGAAUCGUCAGGUACAACAUAUUUGCUGCAAAAUUAUGCAGAAUCAUCUGGCAUAUUGUAAUAUGAGUAUAGUAAGGGAUGUGCUAAUGAAUAAAAAUAGCAAAGUUUGUAUACUGGAGAAUUUUGAAUAUUUAUCUCCAGAAUUUCAGCUAUUGACAAAUAAAUGGUUAAGCAGAAUAAGUGACAAGGUAUACAUUAUCCUUUGUAAUGGAGUAAACAACAUUGAUUUUCGGAUUAGGUCCUUUGCGUUGUUUUUUAGAAUUUGCAAUGUUAAUGAGAAGGAGUUUGUGGAUCAUAUACAUAAAUUAUGCCUUGAAACUUCAAAGAAUAACUUCAAGGGGUGUUUGUCCCGCUUGAAUAUAACCGAGAUCGUGGGUAGGGUAAACUAUGAUAUUCUUUUAACCUACAACACAGUAUCUGCUGCACAAAAGAAUUAUAUUGCCGCAUUGCGCAGGUUAAAAAUUCCAAAUAGUCAAAGAUUUUUAAGAAAUUUGGUGAAUAUCAUCGUGCAGGCCAAAAUAUCGGACAUUAUUUCUCAUAAUAUAGAUCGACUUAUAUCGGAUUUGUUUGCAGAGUAUGGCAGAUGCCACAUUGAUAGCUUACUUUACGAUCUUUACACCAACUUGGUGAAAGUUGGUGGUUCGGAUAUCGAAAAGAUAAAGUGUGAUAUUCACACAUUGAUGGCUGAUGUAUUUGUAAUGAGUAAUGACAUAGCUGCUAGUAGGCAGAGUAUUAUCACAGAUUUGGAUGAUGAUUUUGUUCCGACAGUAUACGAUUCCAAGAUUAGCAAUAUGAAAUCACUUGUGACUACAAUAAUACAGCGAAUACAAGAGAUUCGAACAACUUAA